AUGCCAAAAGCAGAGGGUGGUCUGGGCAUAAGGCACCUUGAGGAGUUUGAGACAGUAUUUCGUCUAAAAAGAGUAUGGUCUUACUUCUCAGCACCAGCUUCUAUUUGGGUCUCGUGGAUGAGGAAACAUAUUUUCCAGCGUACUGGGCUCUGGCAGACUACUGACUCACCUCGUUUCUCACCAACAAUCCGUAGUAUGCUGCAACUAAAACCCAUUGUAUCAGAACUUAUGAGAUGUACUAUUGGAGAUGGGAAAGCAGCUAGUUUCUGGCAUGAUCACUGGACAGAUUUGGGUCCAUUAAUUGGAGUGGCGGGUCAAACUGGUCCUCGCAGUCUAAGAAUCAGGGUUGGGGCCUCGGUGCCUGAUGCAGCGGUUGAUGGGGCUUGGAGGUUCCCGGCUGCUAGGUCUCACGAAAUUCAGAAUAUCCAAAUGGUAAUAACCUCAAUUGAACCACCGACAUCUUUGAAUGGACCAGAUUGUUACUUAUGGCGCAAGUCAGGGAACUCUUUUGGGCCUUCUUUCUCUUCCAAGAUCACAUGGGAGCAUCUACGGAUCCCGGCACCGGUUGUGUUUUGGCAUAAAGUCAUAUGGUUCAAGGAAAACAUUCCUAGAAACACGUUCAUGUCCUGGUUGGCUCUCCUUCGACGGCUUCCUACUAAGGACAGACUUCGAAGAUGGGGCCUAAAUGUGACUGAUCAGUGCGUGCUCUGCAACUCAGCGGUGGAAACGCAUCACCAUCUGUUCUUUGAAUGCAAUUUCUCCUCUGCGCUUUGGUUGACGUUUGCAUCUAAUAUUCUGCCUAACCCGCCUGAAGAUCUACACUCAGCAGCAGCUUGGAUUGUAUCUUCCAGUCGAGUACUCUGCAGCAAUCAAGUGAUUCUACUCAAGCUUUUCUUUCAGUCCAUCAUCUAUAUCAUCUGGAGAGAAAGGAACUCGCGUAUCUUCACCCCCGUGUCUUCUUAG